UCACCUCACCAAGCUCGAUCUAUCCUGGAACGUUCUGCGUCUCAACAGCGCGAUCCAACUUGGCCGGGCGAUUGGCCACAAUUAUGGGCUAAAAGAACUCAACCUGAGCUACAAUGCGUUUGGGAACCUCGGCGCCCAAGCCAUCGGCUGCGCGCUCCAAGAAAACUUCACGCUCGAGAAGCUCGACUUGUCUCAAAACAACAUUCCUAGCAAGGCAGCAUUUGUGAUUGCCCAAGCCCUCCACAUCAACAGCACGUUGACGCAACUUUGCAUGGACGGGAAUCCUCUUGGCCGCAUUGGGGGACGCACGCUUCUGCAGGCCAUCUCGAGUGCCAGUGACAAAGUCCUCUCGGUCUCUGUCGUCGGGUGCAAUUUUGACAUUGACGACUCGAGUCUCUUUGACCCGCAAGACGCGACAGGAAAGUACGACUUGGACAUGGCCGAGCCGUACGAUCGCGCGAUCGCUUGCGAGCUCUUGCGAUUUGCCAACUCGAAGAAAGGUUGUCGUUUCCUGUCCUUUCUGCACCAAGUGGACAAGACCACGCGCGAUCUCAAGGUCGAGUACCAAGAAGUCGGGCGCGCGCGCGCACAGCUCAUUCGACGGUCUUCGUCCCACAUGGUGCUUCGUGGCAAGGUGCCCCAAGACAAGCUGGAAAAGCUCUUUCGGACCCUUGACGCGGAUAAUUCUGGCAACAUUGAAGCCACGGAGCUCGAGCGUGGCAUGGCCACCUUGGGCGUUCGCUUGCAGCCGGGGGAGGCCGCCCGUCUCGUAACGCGCUAUGAUGUGGACGGCACGGGCACGAUGGAAUUUCCGGAAUUCGUCGAUCUCAUGUCGCAAUAUUACUUUGACGACAAGCCGACGAUGGAGUGGAUCGACACGACGUCGGGUUUACCCCUCGCAAUUCCCAAGGACGGUCGGCUCAAGAUCGACUUUAUCGAUCUGCACAUCCCGUCCGAGGCCGACGAAGCCGAGUCCAAGCUCGGUGUCCAGCAGCUCAUUGAAAACAUCAAAGCCGACCCGAACCAAGUGAAUUUGAUCAAAUUGGCCAAAAAUGGCCUGCACGUGCGUCAGAACGAAGGUCAAAUGCUUCUGGACACGCUCGUGUCCAAAAUGGACAUUGUCCAAGCCCUCGCGCUCAUCCUUCCCCACGUCGUCGAUCCCAACCAUGCGUGCCCACUGAUCGAAUCCAAUGUGAAUGCGGCCCAGCGCUUGCGGCUGCAGACCGUACUCAAAGACAUGUACGGCCCCGUCGUGGGCUUGGCCACGGGCCAUUACUCGCUCGACCUCGCCGACGACAUUGAUCGCGCCACGUUUCGAAAAGUCAUGGAGAUCAACAACAAAAUCAUGUAUUACCGGCGCACCAACAACUUCAAGGACACGAGUCAGCACGAGAACCACAUGGGGUUCCGCAACGAAAUCUACAACAACAAAAAGAUCGAGAUCACGUCGACGUUUUGUGACAAGUUGCCCAAAUUCGGCACGCUCGACUUUGAUUUUGUCCAGUUGUCGCGCCCCAAGUCGGGAAUUCUACCCAUGUCGGAAAACCGCUUUCAACAGCUCAUCACAAAGCUGUGUUUGGAUGCACUGGACAACGCAACACCCGAAAAGCGCCGUCGGCAACCCACUCCCGCGACAAUCAGUCGCCGGCUCAGUCCGCUUGCGUAUGAUUUUCUGCUCGAGCUGCAGUCGGACAAUGUCCGCGUCUCGGACCUCUACUCGCGCGAUGUGUCGACGCCACUUGUGAUUCCUGGCGCGGUCGUGUCACCGGAAGCGCCAAGCCAGAUUAGCUUUACAGGUCGUCGACUGCUCAUGGAGCUCCAAGCACUCUUUUGCACGCGGUGGGUCACGACGAGCCAAGUCCGCUUCAUCCUCGAGCGCUGGCCAAUGGAUUUCGGCACGACGCGCGUCGAUGCUGCGCUGACCCUCUUUGAUCGAACGCUGGAUUUGUACAAUUAUGUCCAAGUGUUGUGGACGCUCUCGGAUUCGGAAGUGGCCCAGCUCAUCUUUCGUCUCGGGUGGCUCAACCUCUGGAGCCCGCU